AUGUCGAUGAACUUUGAUGAUUGUGCCAAAGUUCGGGGUGGGUUCCCCAAGCCCUUUCCGGACACGUCCAGCAACGUGUUUGAGCAAUUCAACAUGAAGGGCAAGGUUGUCGUUGUUACGGGGGCUGGCGAUGGGAUCGGGUUGGCGGUGGCUGAGGCGAUGGCGGAAGCAAAUGCAAGUGUUGCGUUUUGGUACAACUCAAAUGACGUUGCGAUUCAGAGAGCUGAAGAAGUUUGUCAACGUUUUGGAGUCAAGACUAUUGCCUACAAGGUGGAUGUUUCCGACGCUCAACAAGUCCAAAAAGCUGUUGCAAAGGUCGAAAGCAUGGCCAUCUCAAAGCCCAUCCUAGAGCAAAGCCUUGAAGAGUUUGACAAACAGAUGUCUGUAAACGUUAAUGGCGUUGUAUAUUGUGCCAAAUACGUCGGUGAGGUGUUCAAGCGUCAAGGAGCCGGUAAUCUCAUCAUUACCUCCAGCAUGAGCGGGCACAUUGUCAAUGUCCCUACCGACCAGCCAGUGUACAAUGCAAGCAAGGCGUAUGUCACGCACUUUGGCAAAUCACUGGCUCGGGAGUGGCGGGAGUUUGCGCGGGUCAAUAUUGUUUCGCCUGGCUUCUUUGAUACCAAGAUGGGUGCGAGUCCAUUGGCCGUCAAUGAAGCGUAUAGGAUGGCUGUGCUUGGGCGGCAAGGGCAUGUUAAGGAGAUUAAGGGCAUUUAUUUGUACUUGGCCAGUGAUGCAUCUACGUACACUACUGGAAGCGACUUUCUCAUUGAUGGAGGGAGUCGUAUUUGUUUCAUACAACUCCCAUCCGCCAUGUUGAAAUUCGCGGUUUUGUGCCUCACUGGCCUCGCUCUCAUCGCUGAGAACGUCACUGCCACGAACGUCAGCUAUCGCGUGAGAUACAAGCGAGGCUUCGGAGGUAAACCGGGUUGGACAAACUACGCACAAGUAAUUAGCGAUUCGAACGAAGCAGCUUUGGUGGAGAAAAUGUCACAUUGGUCUCAUGACAAGUAUACGGCCACGAAAGACGAGCUCAGUGGCUGGGUGCUCUUGGAGGCGGAAUCCAUUGUGCAGACUCGGGCGGAUGCAGAUGCCGGUGUUAAGGAGAUGGCGGCUACUGUGUGCAGUCAUUUGAAGGAGUGUGGGAGUGUAUCGCGAUAA